AUGGCUGAAUCAGAACAAAAUCAGUUAACCUCAAUUCCAGCUGUAAUCCCAGCCCCUGCAUCUCCAGUGUUACACUGCUACCACACAUAUCCUCCACAUGCCAAUCAUACUUGUUACCACCCUGCAAAUUGCGAUUAUGACAACGGCAGUCUCCCUCCCCUGUUGUUCCAGCUGGAUCCUCCGAAUCAGCGUCCGACAUCACCAAUUCCCAAUAUGAUUGAGAAUGGUCAGGAGGUGAAGGAUUACGAUGGGGCAGUAAUUCGUGCCUUUCCGUUUCUGCCGCGCUAUAUAUCAGCGCGCCCGAUGGGCUGGCAGCUUGAGUACUGGAUGAGAUUGGACUCCCGAUUGACAUAUCGGGACAUCAAGGCUCGAAUGACAGUCGCGAAGGCCAUUCUUCCAAGUGACAAUUCGCUCAAUAUGCGGCGGGAACGGGAAGCUCGUGCGCCUCUUGGUCUGUCAUGUUGGACAAACCGGCGCGGUGGAGUGACAAGGACGGAGAUAGAACGGGUAGACAAGUUGAGCCAGGACCAGGUGUCAUUCAAUACGACAAUGGACGUGGUUUACUUUGAUCAACCAAUAAAUGGGCGUAGAGCUGAGCCAAUGUGCCUUCGAGCCAAAAACCUAGCUGACGCACCGCCAAUAUACUACCAAUGUGAUUAUUUUCUCGUCGAUCAACAAUUUCACAUCCCAAGUACUAGGCUGGCAGAGGCGCUGGCAGUACAUGGUCAACUUUUAGAAAAAGUUGCCAACUCUAAAUUCGACGACUGGCGCCAGCUGCCCUUGGAAAUGCUACCCCCUUCCUGGUUUAGAGAAACCCGAGGGGAGAGGCGAGGAGAUGCUCCCGAACCGAGCAACUAUCCUCCAGAAACAGAAGCCCAACAGACGCAAGGAAUGGGUGAACAGGACAAUUCAAAUCUGGUUGGUUCCAACGAUCUUCAACAACACGACAGCAACCAAAGAGUUGGACCUCCUAGACUCCUCAGUCCGUUCCAGGAAUCUGCUGUCCAAGGGACCACCGCUCAAAGUGAUCAGACUACCUGGGCUGAUCAAGCCAAUAUAUCGAGCAGUUUCAAUUCUUCUAAUAAUUCCCGGGGAGGAAUGGGAUUUGGAGACCUGGAGAUUUCAACUGCUCCGGGGUUCCCAAGCAACUUUGUCACUCCGGGAACGGGAUACGGGUGUGGUUCCAAGAACAACGGGUUGCCAUCAUUGGGGACCGAAGUUGGCUCCACCGAUCAUUUCAACUCUCAGGCUAAUCUGCCUGCCUCUUGGAACCAAAAUACUUAUCAUCCAGGACAUGGCCAGCGCCUACAUCAACCGUUCCCGACAACCGCGAUAAGUUUAUUAAGCUAUAAUCUGCAUGCUACGGGUUUAAUAAAUCAGCAACAGGAGCAACAGCAGCAACAACAACAACAACAACAACAACAACAACAACAACAACAACAACAACAACAACAACAACAACAACAACAAUGGCCCCCCUCGAUGAUGCACACAACCUUAUCAAGUACUCAGUUCCUGUCGAACCCAUCAACAACACCGCAGCAAGUUCUUCGCUCAUCGCAAAUUCCAUUUGAACAAAAUACUCCUGGGCAGAAUAUCCCGUCUACUCGGGAUAACCCAUCCACUCUAAUCAAUCAAAGACAGACGGAUGAAGGGUUUCACAGAUUCAACGGCUCUGGACCAUUUUCAAUACGCCAGAAUCCGAAUCAUCGACUGAACACUGACAUGGACGUUAUCAUGCAACGCAAUAACCCCUUUGACUGCCUAGGAGAAGACAACCCUCAAUUUAGCUCUUUUGAAGAGUUUUUGCAGAGUGAAAUGUGA